AUGCGUGGCUUUAUCCCUUCAUUUCUAGCAACUGUACUAGUUGCGGCUGUGACAGUACAUGCCCAAGUCAAGUCUUACAUUCCGACUGAAGCAGAGUACCGUACAGAGUGCAAAACCUGCCCACGCUCACUUUGUCCUAAUAAGCUUUACUAUGAAUACGAAGAGCGCCUCAACGUAACAUGUUGGACACACGGAACGAAGAUCAUGGGAGAUAACUUAUGGCUCAAGACUGAGGCUGGCUGCUACAUAACCCAGUACGAUGUGCUAGAGUACGCUGGAGACUACACAACUGAUCUUAAAUACUGCGGCCCCGCUUCUGAGGUUCAGAGGCUUACCCUUCAAGAUGCAAAACUGAAAUACAAGACUGAGUGCAGAAUCUGCCCCGAGCUGAACUGCGAUGUCGUAUCAUAUCUCAACGAGAACACCGAGUUGGACCUGACUUGCUGGUAUCCAGACGGACAACUCAUCAUUGAUGAUCCAUACUGGCACAAAACAACAAACAACUGCUACGUCGCAAGGAAAAACUUGUACUCGAAACCUGACCUGACCAAGCUGGAUGAUUGCGGCCCCGUCCCAUUUCUCGAGAUCUUACACCACAACAAUGAAAACGGUACAAGCGACGUGAACAGGCGUGAGCCGACCCCAGAGCCAGAGCCAGAGCUCGUGCCUGCGCCUAUUCCCAAACGCGAAGCAGACAUGAAUGUCAUGUACCUCAUCAACGUCACUGUCGGCGAGGAGUACGCCUACUGCCGCUCCUGUCCCAAGGAGUCGUGCAAAAUCGAGAAGACAUUCGAGUUCAACAACGAGGUCUGGCUGCAAUGUCUCAAGACCAUCAAUAACCUCCCUAGUGAGGGGCCCAUCGAGCGCUGGAGCUUGACGACCGAUUUCUGCUAUAUCAACAACAAUGACUUUUGGGAAGAUCCGGCGGGAGAUUUCUACCGUUUCCCCUCUUGCGACCGGUUCGAGCAGGGCGGUGGCUCGGGUGGCGACGAGGAUUAA